AUGCUCGGGUCACUCUUCAUAUUCGCUGCCAUGGCAGCGACGUGCCUCGGCGCAUCGCUUCAGGGCGUCACAAACUGGGGCACAAACCCAACCAACAUAACUAUGUAUAUCUACGUACCCGAUCAGUUGGCGGCCAAUCCACCCAUCAUUGUCGCAAUCCACUCCUGCCAACGCGACGCCCUAAAUUGGUACAACCGCACCACCCUCCCCUCAUACGCCGACGCCAACGGCUUCAUCCUCAUCUACCCCGAGACCCCCAACUUUAACCACUGCUGGGAUGUGCACAACACCGCGACGCUUACGCACAACGAAGGCGGCGAUGCCCUGGGAAUCAUCAACAUGAUCAAUUACACCCUCUCGACGUACAAUGGCGAUAGCACGCGCGUUUUCGCCAUGGGGUUUAGUUCUGGCGGCAUGAUGACCAACGCCCUCGCUGGCACAUACCCCAACGUCUUCGAGGCCGCGGCGGCUUACUCGGGCGUAGCGCAUGCCUGUUCAGCAGGUUCGCCGUGCUCGACGCCGUUUUGUCAGAAUCAGACGUGUGCGCAGGGGCUGGAACACACAUCGACUGAAUGGGGGAAUUUCGUCAGGAACUCGUAUCCCGGGUAUACAGAGAAGAGGCCCAGGAUGAUGAUUGUUCAUGGGACGAACGAUACGCUGGUGAGGCCGAAGUGUGCGGUGGAGGCGUUGAAGCAGUGGAGCGAGGUGCUGGGGGUGCCGUUUACGAAGAAUGUUACUGGAGUGCCGUCCGCGGAGUAUACGCAGAUGGUGUAUGGAGAUGGGACGCAGUUACAAGGGUACUUUGCGGAGGGCGUGGGGCAUACGUCGCUGGUGAAUGAAGAUAUUAUGUUGAGGUUCUUUGGGCUGAUUGCUUGA